AAAGAGUAUAUCUUCUUCUUAAAGGCCUUGAAGCCUAGAGAGAAAGAAAACAAAUAACAGAAAGAAAAAAAGGUAGUGUUUUCAUUUUGGGAGGAAUCAAAAGAAAAUGGAUUUCUCGGAUUUAGAUUACAGUGAUGCUGGAGAUUCAGGUUGGACAAUGUACUUAGGCCACUCUUCUUCUGUUUCACUUCAUCAUUUUGAUUAUCACAAUGGAGAAACAAAACAAGAACAUGAUGAAGACUCUUCAAUGGUGUCUGAUGCAUCUUCUGGACCUCCAUAUUAUUGCGAAGAGACCGUCCAUGAAGAUCAUCUCCAACAAAACACGCAAUAUUGGUGCAAGAGCAAGAGCAAGAACAAGAACAAAAACAAGAAGAAGGUUCAUGAAGAACAAGGAUAUAGUGAGAGAUUCAAUUCUUCCUUUGAUGACACAGCUAGUUCAUUGCCGGUUGGAGAAGAAGUUUCAGCGCAUAAGCAACAUCAAAAUCAGUAUCAACGGUUUCAUGACUUCUGCCAAAGCUACUCUACAAGAAGAAUAUGCAAGGAAAAAGUUAACUCGGGUUUCCUACAACAAGCUUUCCCGGUGGAUAAACUAGCGUUGGAUAAUCAAGGUUCUGAAAUGUCUAUUUUUUUAGUCUCUAACCAUAAUACAUAAAUAGAAAUGCAUGCAUAACAUCUCAUUGACUGGUCGGUUUACUUAAUUCUCAUGUAUAUCAUGUAUAUUAAUGUAUCAUGCAUUUAGAGAGUAUAAAAAUAUUUAUGUAAAAGUAAAUCUCUAGCUUGACAAUAUGUGUAUUUUCAGGUGGCGAUAAUCAGAGGAAGAGGAGAGGAUAAAGAAUGGAAUUUGAAUAGUUAUUAUUUACUUUUUCAUCUCUCAAAAGUUGGAAGUUAGGGAGAAAAAAAAAGCAGAAGGAACGCCUUCUCUUCCUUAAAUGUGUUUUGAUAUCAUGUACAUUCUCUUUAAGAAACCAUGUGGUUUUUCUUUUUAUUCAAUUAAUAUAUGAUAAAUCUUAUUAAAU